AUGAGUUCACACCUUCGUACGCAUUCACUUCAAUCGCGUGUGGAUGCGAAUCAACAACGAUCGAAUGAACCUCAUAUUGAAAAACUACAAGUGAUUAUCCCUCAGCAUCUAUCUAAACAAUUUUCACCUAAGGCCGAUGCUGGAUUACGACCUCUUCAGACAAACAAGAAACGACCUCAACUCCAAGACGUCUUGAACUACUAUACUGAAGAACCCAAAGAAAAAAAGAAACCAGAAUAUCAAUUAGUACAAGAAAAGAAUGUACCUAGUAUCAUUAAAGACUAUCGACGUAAGAAGCAAUACAAGAAAAUGGAAUGUCUAGGCCAGGGUGCAUUUGCUAAAGUGUAUCGUGUGGCUACGAUGGAAGGUCAAUUCUUGGCUGCCAAAGUGAUUGCCAAAUCGUCAUUAACCGAUAAAC